AGGCUUGUUUGCUUUCCUCAGACGAUUUCAACGCAUUUAUCUCGGCAUCCACCACACGACACCACGUUUUUUGAAAAAAAACUUAAAUCUCUGAAAAUCCAAACCAUUCUGUAAAUCUGAUUGCAUAAUUUGGUUACACAUACAACUCUACACAUGCGCCGUACGGUGAACCGCAUUAAUUUGUAAAGCUCCACGGUGCGUCAAGAACUGCAACACUUCUACUUUCACUUUACGUUUUGGUUUUCGAAUGACUAGCUAAAAAUGGAAGUUAUUUCGGAAAUAAGUCGUGUGCAGCAGCGGGGCGAAAGAGAUCUCAGCGUCUUAAAUGCGGAAGACGAUUUCGUUUUUUGCCUUUCCGGAGAUGAGGACGCUGCGAUUGUUGCCGAAGAAUGGGAGGAAGAGCAGCCCUUGCGUGUGCUGUUUCACCAACUCGCGCUGGGAAAGGAAUCGCCGGAUGAUGCUUCCGAACACGAGCUGCCCAUCGCGGAAAGAAUCGCGACGCGUGGUAUGCGGUCGGAGCAAGAGCGAACGAGUGACGAGGAGAAUGGAGCAGGUCCGAGAAAAGUGCAAACCUCGCGGAGCGGGGCAGCAGGCGGGGAGACGGUAGCAACAGCUUCCAACAACGGGCACAGCUCGCCGUCGCGGAGGAAAAACAUGUUCUUCUUCUUCUUCCAGGAACGCGCAUCGACCACGUCCUCCUCGGCUGGGGAUUUGGCCAGCAUGAACCAAGAAAUAAACGGUAGGCACGAGCGCGAAACAGGUGAAGCACGCCAGGCAGAACAAUCCGCAAUUAGGUUAACAGCGCCAAGUAAAAGCACAAUGAACAACAGUAGCACGACCCGAGGGCAGAAGCUGCAGGCCAACGCGACAGCCCAUACAAAAAAGAAUUCGGCCGCACUGAUGAGCGAUUUGCAAGUUUCCCAGAAUAAAAUGAACAAUGUGUUACUGGGACCUUGUGCAGCCUCUGGUCGUGGGAACAAAAUGAACAACCAGCAGCUUGCUAGGACACACGCGGCAUCCAACCGGCGGUUGAGUUACAGGAGUUUUCUCUUUCCCACCAUGAGGACCCCACAGACCACUACUCAGCCUGAUCAAAACGGCAGCACGAGGCUGUUGCUACAUAAUCAUCCCUCCUCUGCGAAUAGAUCGGGCUCCUCGCGUUCGCCCGAUGACGCCGAUACGCAAUUGUUGCGUUGCAAGCGAGCGUUCGCUACAAAGAUGGGGAUGGAUGAUGCUGAUGAGGCGGCGCAAGAUGAGCUUGACGCGUUCAUCCACAAUUACCUGUACACCUCGGUUUCUCCGUUCGCAGAUGGGAUGGUGGUAAUCGAAAGCGAGGAGGACGAAAUAAACAGCGUGAUUCCCAUUGUGCCAGUGGAAGUUUCUGACAGAAGCGGCUACCAACAUGUGGAGGAUGGGUCAGCAGGUGGGACGGGAAUAUUAAACGCCCUUCAGACCACCGAAGACCAGUUGUUCGCUCAGGCGUUGCAAAACUUACAGUCUUCACAGUCCAGUCAGUACUAUUCGCGCACGACUUUCCACAACAAGGCAGCUGUAGUGGCAACAGGCCAGAGCGGCAGAAACUCAGCCGGGAACAAACUUUCGGCUGGGUCUGCCGGCACACCGCCUCGGUCUCCAAACAAAAUCGACAAGUACAACUUCGCUCCUCCGGCAGCGCAUUUUUUCAACGAUACGGGCGACCUGGCGAUUUUGGAAAUGAGAUCACCGUCCUCGUCCUCGCGCGCUGAGCGAGGUGUUGGUGGAAGCAGCUCCAGCUCGUCGUCUUUGUUUGGGUGGUUGUUCCCGUGAAAAUGACUAGAUGAAUGGGUUUUUGAUGUUUCUUGACACUUCUGUAUUCUUUCAGUUUCCAUUGACAUUGAAUUCAUUUUCACUUUUAUGUUUCUUGAAGCCAUGCCAUGCACAGGCGUCAGACGAACUGCGAAGGUUUCAGCUGAAGAUCGAGCAAGAUUUGCGGAUAAUCUCGGCCUCUAUCGGCUGGCGGCAUUUUCGAGGAGUAGAAAUGCGAGUCUGCUUUUUGAACUUUUUUUUCGUUUCAGCCCUGCAUGAACAAUCGAGAAGGAGAAU